CCGGCCCAACAUUCCCAAGAGCUAGUUUAUGAUUAAUCACCAAUUGAUCAUCCCUAGCUCAGUAGUGUCGUUGACUUUAUUGACCCACCGCUGCCGGAGUCCGACGAUCGACCACAAAAUGCCGCCUCCGCGAAGCGCACCGCCGCCGGUUUCUUUACCAUUCUUAGUUGCGGCGGCGGCGCUCUUCUUUGGCAUUUGUGUUCAAGCAGAAGAUGGUUACGAUGUGCACACUUGGAAUGUUACAUAUGGAGACAUUUCCCCUCUCGGUGUUUCCCUAAAGGGAAUUUUGAUCAAUGGACUAUUCCCAGGUCCGGAAAUUCGAAAUGUCACCAAUACAAAUGUGAUCAUCAACGUGUAUAACAAUUUAGAUGAGGGGUUUCUUUUAUCUUGGAAUGGAGUGAUAAACAGGGGGAACCCAUACCAAGAUGGAAUGAGUGGGACCAAUUGCCCAAUCCCACCGGGGCAAAACUUCACAUACAAGUUACAGCUCAAGGACCAAAUCGGAACCUUCUUCUACUUCCCGUCGCUGGCUUUCCACAAGGCCGCCGGCGGCUUCGGACCCAUUGCCAUUUUGAACCGGUCCAUCAUCCCUCUCCCCUUCCCUCCGCCGGCGGAUGAAUUCACUUUCCUCAUCGGAGACUGGUACAAUGCCACUCACUCGGCAUUGAAAGGAAUUCUUGAUGAGGGGGGAAUUGUUUAUGGUGGCCAGAACAAGAGUUUGUUGCCUCCCCCUGAUGCAAUCCUUAUCAAUGGAAAUGGCCCUAGGGGACUUAACAAUGAUAGCGGUUGGAAUUUCACCCUUGAAGCAGGAAAAACAUACCGAUUGAGAAUAUCUAACGUGGGACUGGAGAGUUCCCUGAAUUUCCGGAUCCAAGGCCACGCCAUGACACUGGUGGAGGUAGAGGGGACAUACACACAGCAGAAAGUCCUAAGCUCUCUCGACGUUCAUGUCGGGCAGUCCUAUUCUGUUCUCGUGACGGCCGACCAGACUCCCAAGGCUUACCACGUCGUCGUUUCGAGCCGCUUUUCCCGGAGCAACCUAACUACCACCGCGACACUUCGCUACAGUGGUACCGACCCGUCAGCGGCUCCCGUUGGGCCCAUCCCUGAAGCACCCCCCGCUCUCGACAUUAAUUCGGCUAUGGCAUCUUCCUUGAACGAUAUAAGGACUAUAACUCUGGCCAACUCCGCCGGUCCGGUGGCCGGGAAGCUGAGAUACGCCGUCAACGGCGUGUCUUAUGUGGGGCCAUAUGACGGCACUCCGCUCCAGCUUGCCGACGAGGAUGGCAUCCUGAACGUCUUCCUGCCCGGAAACAUGCCGAACGAUUCGGCCAUUGUGGGUCCCAUUCGCCCCGACACCGCCGUCAUGAAUGCGGACUACAGGGAUUUCUUCGAAGUCGUGUUUCAGAACGACGAGGAUACGAUGCAGACGUGGCACUUCAACGGAAUCACGUUUUUUGUCGUGGGAAUGGGGGCCAACAAAUGGACAAACGCCAGCAGGAAUUCAUACAAUCUUAACGAUGCAAUUUCGCGAUCUACGACUCAACCAUUGAUAAAUCUUAGCUGCCCCGAAAACUCAUCUUCUUCCAAUGGCGACCGCCGGCAGCUCCGAUUUCGAUCCUCAGCGGAUUGUUUCCCACGAGUUUCCCGAGGCGGAAUACACUUACACAGAGAGAGAUGUUGCUUUGUAUGCGCUGGGUGUUGGAGCGUGUGGGAAGGAUGCUGUGGAUGAUAAAGAGCUGAAAUUCGUUUAUCACUGCGAUGGUCAGCACUGUAUCCAGGUGUUACCGACUUUUGCUGCUCUAUUUUCUAUAGGAUACAGUGAGACAAUAGCGGAGGUACCAGGCUUACGAUAUGAUCCACGUCUUCUGUUGCAUGGACAACAAUAUAUUGAAAUCUACCGACCGCUUCCUUCAAGUGGUUCAGUGAUAAAUAGAGCUAGUAUUGCUGGAUUGCAUGAUAAAGGAAAAGCGACUAUUUUAGAUGUUGAAAUUAAAACCUUUGAAAAAGACUCAAAUGAGCUCCUAUGUAUGAACAGGAUGUCUGUUUUCUUGAGGGGUGCGGGUGGCUUUUCAAAGUCUUCCAAUCUUUACUCAUAUUCCAAAUAUCCAGCAAGCCAAACAACUGUUCCAAAAAUCCCCAAUCGCCAACCAUUUUUUGUUUUAGAGGAAUGUUCGCAGCCAUCACAGGCAUGUAAAAUAGAUCAACUUUGGGAUU